AUGGGUUGGUUUGAUGAUAAGAUUCAUGAAGUUUUCUAUAAUGUUGGUGUUCGGGUACAUAAGUUUCGAUUAUAUUUUCUCCUCCUUUCAUUCGCCAUCCUCACCUUCGCCUCAUUCGGAUUUCUUUGGUUUGAGAAACAGACUACCCGUGAUCCACAGUACGUCUUCUCACCAGCAAAUGCCCCAUGGAGGUAUGAAAGGGCAGUUUUGACAGAACAUUGGCCAUUGGAUGAAGAGAAAUUCUGGCCUGGAAAGAGUUAUGAUUUGCAUGGAUAUGUGGAUGUGAUUGCUUCUGGAAGAGUUCAUCCGGAUUACGGAAGACCGAACAUAUUGAAUAUUCGGUAUUUGGAUGAAGUUGCAAGAAUUAACGACUAUAUUGUUCAUAACUUAACAGUUCCAGUGGAUAUCAAUGGAAAACAUUAUGAUAUUGCCUACACCGACUUGUGCAUGAGAUACGAUUGGGCAUGCUUCCUAAACGAUCACAUUACAAUGCUGAUGCCCAAAACUCGAUGGGGAAACUUUUCGGGUCCGUUCGCAGAAUUCGCCAGUGACAUUAUCAAUACUCAAGUGAACAUAACCUAUCCGAUAGGAUGGAGAGGAACUGAGCCAAUUUACUUCGGAGCUCUGGUUGGAGCACCGAAUCUCGUUGAUGAAGAAGGUCAUUUUGAUUUUGCAACUGCUAUCAGAUUGACUUAUAACACAAGAGAAGGAAAAGUUGAUGAAUAUGGAAUAGAAUGGAGAAGAAAAUUGGCAAAAUGGUUGACAGAUAAAGAAAAUCCAGUCUCUGAACUUCUUGAAUUCGGAGUCAAUCACAAUAUGACUCUUCCGGAGGGAUUACAAGAUGUAGCUGAUACCCUUGCUCCGAAAUUCGUUGGAACAUGUGCAAUCCUCUUCACAUUCUCCUUCUUGGUUUCUGUCGUGUUAAGAAGACACAGUGCCGGACAAGUGAUGAUUGACUGGGUUCGAAGUAAGCCUCUAGUGGCUGCUGCUGGUUUGAUGACUCCUGUGAUGGCUACUGUAACUUCGUUCGGGCUGAUUCUUUGGUGUGGACAGUUGUAUAACGCUAUUGUCAAUGUAUCCCCAUUUUUGAUUUUGUGCAUUGGAAUCGACGAUCUUUUCAUUAUGUCAGCAGAAUGGCACAGAACGAAUCCAAAGGAUUCUGCAGAAAAAAGAAUAGGUCACACACUUUCAGAAGCCGCAGUCGCUAUUUCUAUCACAUCAAUCACUGAUAUCACAACAUUUGCUGUUGGAUGCUAUACAACACUUCCAGGAGUUCAAAUGUUCUGCAUGUACACUUGUGUUCAGUGCUUCUUUUGCUAUGUUUAUCAAAUUAUCUUCCUGGGACCAGUUCUCGCUUACGCUGCCGAAAUGGAACAAAACGAUCAGCACGCCCUGUUAUUCCGGAAAGCAGUGGACCCGGAGAAAACAGAAAGCAAACUGAAACUUUGGUUGUUAUCUGGAUCUGUAAAUCGACAGAAUCAAGAUGUGCACAAAAGGAAAAGCAAGAAAGUGGCUCCUGUGGAAGAAGAAAAUGAGAAGAAAUCGAAGCUAGGAGAGAUGGUUGCAAAACUAGAGCACACUUUGGAGAAACAUGAUGAAGAUCCAGGACAUAACUCAGAGGAAACACUGGUUAGCAAGAUAUUCAGGGAGAUCAUUGGUCCAUUCAUUUUACAAAGAAGUACUCAGGUAUGUGCUUUGCUUCUGUACCUCGUCUACAUUUCUCUGGCAAUCGGAGGGUGUUGGAAUAUCAAAGAAGGUCUGGAUCCAAAACUUUUGGUUCGAGAAAGCUUCUAUCUAUCCAAGUUCUAUGAAAUUAUCGAUGAAACAUUCUGGAGAGAAGGUCUUCAAAUGCAAGUUGUCGUUAACAAUCCACCAGAUCUUUUUGAUCCGGAAUCAAGAAAAGGGUUUGAUGAAAUGAUGGCUGACUUCGAGGGAACCCAAUACACAAUGAACCCAAAUGCCACGAUGAUUUGGCUUCGAGCUUACGAGAAUCACUUAGAGACAGAAGUGCAUGAAUUGAACAUUCAGAAACCCAAAACAUCAUCUGAAUGGUAUAAGCGAUGUCGAGAUUGGCUAAUUGUUGCCGGUGGACGUCGUCUCUGGCAAAUGGAUUUGGUUUGGGCGAACACUUCGUUUGAAGAGACUCCACGAAUCACUGCGUUCCGAUUCCAACUGGGACUUCGGAAUUAUCGAACACCAACUGACCAUACUCACAGUUGUAAGAUGAUGAGAGCAAUUGCAGAGAAGCAUUCGAAGUUCAAUGUGACUACUUUCCAUGAGUACUAUCCGUUUGCUGAUCAAUAUCUGGAAUUGACACCAUCCCUUUUCCAAAAUAUGUUCAUGGAUUUGGGAACGAUUCUUCUGGUUUCAAUGAUAAUGAUUCCUGAAUGGAGAUGUGCAAUUGCCAUCGUUCUCUCAAUUGCCAGUAUCAAUGUUGGAGUACUUGGAUUCAUGUCUUAUUGGGGUGUCAACUUGGACAGUGUCUCCAUUAUCACAGUUAUCAUGUGCAUUGGUUUUGCUGUCGAUUUGAGUGCUCACAUUGCGUACGCCUUCUCUCAAAGCUACGGAAACUCUCAUACACGGGCGGUCGCUGCAUUGGAGACUCUCGGAUGGCCUGUGUUCCUGGGAGCAUCAUCGACUGUUCUUGGUAUCCUUCUUCUUACACUCGUCGACUCGUACAUCGUUCAAAUUUUCUUCAAAACUGUCUUCCUUGUGAUCAACUUCUCGAUUCUGCAUGGUCUCAUCUUUUUACCAAUUUUGCUUAUGAAAAUUGUCAGAGGUGUUCGGACUCGUGAUGGUGAAUCCAACGAGAAGCCAAAGACCCAGAUGGAAAUGGAAUCGCAAACUGCUGCAUGA